UCUGGUUGCUUGCUUGUCUGAGGGAGGCAGAGCUGUAGGGCGCGCAUGCGCAGAGGUUUCCUGUCCGGAGUUUCACCGCCGCUUCCUUCGCCCAAGAAUCACUGAGCUUCCUGGUGGCCGCAGCGGCCUGCUGUCUUCCCCCGUUUGUCACCGCCUGGCUCAGCUCCGCCGCCACCACGGACUCCGAGGACCCCGGGCCGACUCCACCAAUUUCCCAUCUCUUCACCAUGAGAGAGGUUUGGGCUCACUUCUUCCCUUCACCCUGUAGUUGAUAGUUUUGGAUUUGGAGGCAAUGCUGGAGUAGAGAUGGCAGAUAGUGUCAAGAUCUUCCUUAAUGAUCUCAUUAGGGGAAUUAAAGAUUCCAUAUGGGGGAUUUGCACAAUCUCCAAGCUGGAUGCUCGAAUCCAGCAGAAAAGGGAAGAGCAACGAAAGAGAAGAGCAAGCAGCGUACUUGCUCAAAGAAGAGCACAGAGCGAGGAGAGGAAGCAGGAGAAUGAACCCCGGAUUGUGAGCCGAAUAUUUCAGUGUUGUGCAUGGAAUGGAGGUGUAUUUUGGCUUAGUCUCCUUUUGUUCUACCGGGUCUUCAUACCUGUUCUUCAGUCAGCAACCGCACACAUCAUUGGUGACCCUUCAUUACAUGGUGAUGUCUGGUCUUGGUUGGAGUUUAUCCUUACCUCCAUCUUCAGUGCUCUUUGGGUUCUUCCUCUGUUUGUGCUCAGUAAAGUCGUCAAUGCCAUCUGGUUUCAGGACAUUGCUGAUCUGGCAUUUGAGGUGUCAGGGAGGAAGCCUCAACCGUUCCCCAGUGUCAGUAAAAUAAUUGCUGACAUGUUGUUUAACCUUCUGCUGCAAGCUCUUUUCCUUAUCCAGGGGAUGAUUGUAAGCCUGUUUCCCAUCGAUAUCAUUGGCCAGCUGGUCAGCCUGCUUCACAUGUCGCUGCUCUAUUCGUUGUACUGUUUUGAGUAUCGCUGGUUUAACAAAGGAAUUGAAAUGCAUCAACGAUUAUCCAACAUUGAAAGGAACUGGCCCUAUUACUUCGGAUUUGGUUUACCACUGGCUUUUCUCACUGCAAUGCAGUCGUCUUACAUUAUCAGUGGCUGCCUGUUCUCCAUUCUUUUUCCUCUGUUCAUUAUCAGCGCCAAUGAAGCAAAGACUCCAGGAAAAGCAUACCACUUCCAAUUGCGCCUCUUUUCCUUGGUGGUCUUCCUUAGCAACAGACUCUUUCACAAGACGGUCUACUUUCAGUCCUCCCUGAGCAGCUCUUCGUCGGCUGAACGACUGCCCUCUCCGCACACCUCACCUGCCAGGCAAAAGGCAUCUUUAGUGCACUGAACCCUAAUCAAAGUGAGGUGGCAGGGAGAGCACCAUCCCCAGCUGGUGGAUGCAUUUGUCUGUGAUCCAGGGAAGGGCCGUGUCCGUUUUGCCAAGGGGGCUCGUGUGUGUAUGUCCCCCCUCCCCCCAAUCACACGCUUUGAUUGUCAUCAUAAGCCCAAGUUAGGCACAGGUUUUGUGUCGCACCGUGUGUGUGGAUAACAAUAUUGUUUGGGGGAAGGAGGAAAGGGAACUGGAAGGGAUUCUGGGUUUUUAAACUUCUUUGUGAGUUUUUUAAAAAGCCAGGUUCUUUGCUUGUUUUGUAGCGCGUAAUGGACCUGUGCCUGUACGGUUUUUUUUGUAUAUCCUUCUCUCCCCACCCCACACCUGUUCCCUCCGUGCCAUUUUCCCUCCUCCCUCCGGGAUGAAUGGAUUUUGUAACACAUAUUUUGUCGUAGCUUUGUGAUGCUGAUGGGGUCUUUACAGUGAACUGUACCACAAGUGUUGGGUUUCUUGAUGAUCAUAGUUAUUUGUAUAUUAUAUAACUCAGGUCAGGAUUUUGUAAUCGCUGGUGCGCUGAAAUGAGAAAAGUAAAGCGGAUCAUGUAACUGCAGGCGCAAGAUUAUGAGGUGGACUUGGGAGGGACUACCCCCCCAUCUUUGGUGUCCAACAGUGACAACUGAUAAACUUUGGGGGUGUCUCCCUGAAGGACCCGGACAGGUGCUUGCUGAUGUUUGUUUUUACGCUGGAGGAGAUCCGCUUCUGAAGAACAAAACAAAUUCCUAACCUUAACAGCAGAAUGUAUGGAUUUUUUUAAAAAAAAAUUCUACAUCUUUAGAGCUUUUUUGAAAAAUCUUCUUCCAGACUUUCAAAGGGAAAUCCAAAAAGCGUACGGGUAAGGUCAGGAAGUGCGUCGUCUCUGGUUGGGGUAAUAAGAUUUACAAUAUAAUGUUUGGUCUUGGAACUAGUGGAUGCUUCUAAAAGUUAGUGUCUUUGAGUGUCCUGUUGGCAAUUGGGGAGAAAAGAAUCAAGGCUCCAAACACUCUCUGUGGGGAAAAAAGAAAGGGCUUCGCCAAGGUUCCUGCACAAGGUUUCAAAGCACUUGCGGCCUUGCUAUGCCAAGGUAUGGUGGAUCUGUCUUUGUGGGGAAAAAAAGACUUGACCAUGUUGUGUUCAGAAAGCCCUCCAACUCAGAUUCACAAAUCUGCUCUGCAGUCAUUGCCCGAGCCAUGUCGGAAUGAAGCAAGCCGAAGUGCUGCUGCGUGGUUGUAGCUGCAGCUGCCUCCAAUUACUGGUCAGCUCACGAUAGGUGGUCUGUGUGCGUCCGUCUGUCUGUGUGCACAUAUGUAACGGUGUAUGCACAAAGGGAGCGCAAUUGAUCCUGAUUUUAGACAGUGUUCCUCAUGCAUGUCAGACUUCUGUAGGGCCAGAAACUUAAAUUAAAAAAAAAAAAGCUCUUUGGCUUUUUGCAGAACUGAGGUCAGUCUACAGAUAAUUUUUUCUCUAGUAUUUUCACACUGAAAUAUUAAAUUAAAAUGGAAAAACCAAAAA